GAAUACCCUGAGAGAAAUUACUGGAUUCUUGUGUCAGGGACAAGAUGGACAGUCACCAGGAAUAGAAUAAAAUAUGGAUAAGAAGAGCAUGAAUAUGUUAAUACCAUCUCAUAGCAGUGUAAUUGGGUUUAUUACUGCUCUAUCCAGACCCUGUGGGAUUUCUAUUCAAACAUAACAAAAUGGUUCUAUUACUCAUCAGGAAGAAUCAACAAGACAAAAAUCAUCACAAUCAUGUUAAAUAGCAGAGUAUUCUGAUUCACCUAAGAAUUUGACCAAGGUUAUUUUCUCCCAGCAUUGUAGAUCUAUAAUAAAAAAUGAAAACUUGGGCUGAGGCUGUGGCUCAGAGGUAGAGGGCUGGCCUAGCAUGCGUGAGUCACUGGGUUCCAUCCUCAGCACCACAUAAAAAUAAAAUAAAGAUAUGUGUCCAUCUAUAACUAAAAAAAAAAUAAAUAUUAAGAUAAAUAAAAUAAAAACCUCAACAGAGUACUUAUUCUGUGCCUGGGGCAUAUUUCUAAGCUAUUGAGGUAUAUUUAUUUACUCAAUUAAUCAUCUCAACAACUGCAUGAAAAAGGCGACAUUAUUCUCCACUCUAUGCAUGUGGCACCUAGAGGUCAGAGUGAUUAUGUGACUUCUCCACAGUUAGUAAACGGGGAGGUGCAGUUGGAAAACCCAGGAAGUCUGGAUUAGAUUGCACGUGGAGCUGCCUGUCCUUGGAACCACCUCUGUAUGUAAAGGUAAAGCUCUUCAGUCACUAACUUAGAUACUUCUCUGCUUUCCACAGGGACCUGAUGCCCAGGACCCUGGACGGGCAGAUCACCAUGGAGAAGACGCCCAGCUACUUUGUCACGCGGGAGGCGCCCGCACGCAUCUCCGCCAUGUCCAAGGACACCAAGCUCAUCGUGGUGGUGCGCGAGCCGGUGACCAGGGCCAUCUCGGAUUACACGCAGACGCUCUCCAAGAGGCCCGACAUCCCCACCUUCGAGAGCUUGACGUUCAAAAACAGGAGCACGGGCCUCAUCGACACGUCCUGGAGCGCCAUCCAGAUCGGCAUCUACGCCAAGCACCUGGAGCACUGGCUGCGCCACUUCCCCAUCAGCCAGAUGAGCGGCGAGCAGCUCAUCAGCGACCCGGCCGGCGAGCUGGGCCGAGUGCAGGACUUCCUGGGCCUCAAGCGCAUCAUCACCGACAAGCACUUCUACUUCAACAAGACCAAGGGCUUCCCCUGCCUGAAGAAGGCCGAGGGCAGCAGCAAACCCCACUGCCUGGGCAAGACCAAGGGCAGGACCCACCCCGAGAUCGCCCAGGAGGUGGUGCAGAGGCUGCGCGAGUUCUACCGGCCCUUCAACUUGAAGUUCUACCAGAUGACAGGGCACGACUUCGGCUGGGAUGGAUAACAAAUAUAAUUUAAAAAGAAAAAAAAAAGAAAGUAUGGAAAUAUAAUAUAUUUUUUUACCAAUCGGUAGAGAAAAGGCAGUUUAAUAUUUGUGCUGACAAUAUUUGUUUCAGUAUUUUUUUGCAAUGAAUGAUUGUUCACUUCUCCUCCCCAUCUUAAUGUACAAUCGACGUCAUGCAUUUGGAUAAACAGAAAAGGAAACCUUCUCUCCUAUAAAUACGUUCAAUUUUAUUUUAUGUUCUACAUACCCAGUCAUCAAGUAUAUGCAUUUUAAUUUCCAUUAAAAAAAUUUUGAAGAAAAUCAUGAGGGUAAUCUCCCCCCCCCACCACCAUCCCUUUUCUCUCUUUCUUUAAUACAAGAUAUAAUUAUAUCCUGAUAAAAUUAAUAUCCAUCCUUGUGUUUUUCUCCCUUCUUCCUCAGCCACUUUUUUUCCCCAUAAAUCAUUUAUCAUUUAAUAACACUAUAUGUUUGCACAUCACUUCAAGGUUUUUAUAGUGCUUUCAGAUACAUGUUUUGAUCCUUAUAGGACUAAGGUUGGUAUAAAAACAUAGUACAUGGAGAUCAUAAUCUCAGAUUUUACAGGUAAGGGAAACUGAGUCUCAGGGAGGUUAAAUGACGUAAGGCCAGAUGAUGAAUCCCGGACAAAAUCCCAUUUUCCGUUUGUUUUCUAUUCUGUGCCACUUUUUUUCUAGGGAGAAUGAGAACUAAACUUUCCAGUUUAGAAGUUAGUUUUAGGAUGAUCUGAAAAGGGAUAGACAGAGAUUUCUUAUUGCUUUCUAAGUUCCAGGCUAGCCUUAUGGAAUCCAGUAUCAUUACAUAGUUGUACUCCAGAAAACCACUAAGACCUGGACACAACCUCUUUGGAGAGCCAGUCUUAGCUAUUGACUGAUCAAAAUAUUCAAAAAUUUAACUGACCAAUACUUGACUUGAGUUUGCCAGAAAUCACUGGAUUCUUGUAUUUUGAGCUAUCUUUUUUUUUUUUUUUAAGUGAGACCCACUUCAAUUAGAACCUCCAGUACCAAUCUCAUUUUUCCUUCUCUGUCUUUGAAGAAAGAAAAUCUACCUUUCUUUGUAAUAUCUCACUGUUAACAUUGGAGCUAGUACUAAAGAAAUGAUCAAUUAACAGCUCAUUAACAAUGCUCUUAUUUUUCAUGGGUGGAGGGCUGAUACUUGGUCCCUUUAUUCUUUCUUUCUCCAUUUCCUCUUUCUACCAAUUAUCACCUACUGCUCAUUCACAUUUGGAAAAUAGUCUUAAGACAUGCAGUUCUGGGUAAAAUGGUGACUUUCCUCUUCUCUCGUCUGUUCCUCAUCUUCCCGCAUUUAAAUCACUCAAAUAAAUCAAGAGUUUAUUAAGAGUAUUCCUUUGCUCUCUGAGUGGUAUUAACAAGAUUAGCAUUAAUGGGAAUUAAAUUGGUCUAGAGAGGAGCACAUAUGCACGAAAUAUAUAAAACAUUUAUAAUUAGCCUGUCAGCAACGUUUUAGUAUAUAUUUAAACCCAAGAGGAAAAAUGUCUUUUUUUCAUGGAAGUUUCCUUUAUCUGCCAAGAUUUGAAGGACCAGAUACUCUAGUAUGAAAAAAUAUUGUUUAUUCUCCAAUGUUGUCCAUCAAAAACAAACAAAAUUAAGUUUUUUUUUUUUUUUUAAAUAUGCUGUGCAAUUGUGCAUUUAUCAUAAAUGCUACAUCCGGGGAUGUAAAUAUCUCUUGAGAAGCCUAACAGAGGAUUAAAAUGAAGGAAAAAAAUGUUUUAAUUUUCCAGAUAUUUUGUCAUUGUUCCAAAUCUUUGGGUUUAUUUGUUAAUAUUUCAUUUAUGGGAGUUAAGUAAACCCCAAAGCCAGGUCACCUUUUCUCAGUUGAAGUCCUUCACUUCUGUGCCCUCAGUUUUCCAACACUUACAGCCUGUUUGUGUACUACUUGAAUGUCGCUAGCAACAAGAAGAUAUUUAUUUUAAACUCUCCUCAUCUUUUAACUCAUUUUGUCUGUGCUUCUGAAUCGUUUGUGUUUGUUUGCUUGACAUUAUGCAAAAAAUGACUUGCACAAAGAGACAAUUGCAUCUAACAAUUUCGUUCAGUAACCUUCCUCUUUUUGUGUGGAAGAAAUAAUAAAAGAUCAAAAAUUGAGUGCUGAA